AUGCAGAUGAUCGCGUUUGUAGAGAUCGUGCAUGCGGCGACAGGCCUGGUGCCCAGCAGCCCUCUGAACACGUUCAUGCAGUGGCUUGGGCGCUCCAACGCCCUGUACCGCAUCGCCCAGGCGAUCCCGGAGCUGCACGCCAACCCGGCGGCGCCGCUGAUGCUGGCUUGCUGGUCGUUGGGCGAGGUGGUGCGGUACCCUUGGUAUGCAGCCACCGCAGCGAACGCCUGCCCGGGCUGGCUGACAUGGCUCAGGUACUCUGCUUUCAUCCCCAUCUACCCUACUGGCGUUGUUACCGAGAUGGUGCUCAUGUACCUGGCGCUGCCCUUCAUACGCGACCGCGGCCUGUUCAGCGUUUUCAUGCCCAACAACUACAACUUUGCUUUCGACUACGCCACGUUCAUCGCGGUCGUCCUGCUGCUGUAUCCCUACCUUUGGUGGGGCCUCUACUCGACACUGCUGCGCCAGCGGCGAAAGAAGCUGUCGCCGCCGCCGACAGCCGCCGCCAAGACCGACUGA